AUGGAGGCAGCAGAAAAGGCAACGUGUCGAUCAGUGGACAAUUUUAACCCUUUGAUCACAACCAUCUUUCAGGUCUCCUGCAUUCUUGUCAUUUCUCAUAUGUUUCACAUUCUAUUGAAACCCCUGGGACAACCUGGACCCUUUGCACAACUCCUUGCUGGUGUUGUGGUAGGCCCUACAUUGUUGUCCCGCAUACGCAGAGUUGAGGAUUUCUUCAUCCAGGCAUCUUCUGCAGAGUACUAUAUGUUUUUCUCAUUCUUAUGUCGAAUGCUAUUCAUGUUCUCCAUUGGCUUGGAAACAGAUAUUCCAUAUUUAAAGCGCAACAUUCGUGUUGUAAGUAUAGUGGCUGGAGGGGGUAUAAUCCUGUCCUCCAUCUGUGCUGCACCUCUCUUGUGGUUGCUUAUCAAGGUUUUCACAGUGACUAAGAGCCGCUUUCCAUUCUACCUUCUUAUCUUUACAGUCUUAGCAAAUUCAGCGUCUCCUGUAGUCAUUCGGAUGAUUGCAGAAUCCAAGUUUGACAAUGCUGAUUUAGGCCGCUUGGCAAUUUAUUCUUCCCUCAUCAGUGAAAUGUCUUGCGUUGCAUUUGUCGCUACACUUACCGCCUGCUCCUCCACCAUAAGACUCGUGGGUGCAAUCAUUGCUACUCUUGUCACCGUGCUCCUUAUCUUUCUCAACAAUUAUCUACCUUUCGUUUUCAACAAAAGGAACCGCCACAAUAGAUUCCUCACUAACAGCGAACUUUUCCUCAUCAUAUUUAUUCUCUUGGCUAUCUCACUGCUUGUGGAAUCCGCUGGCUACACAGCUAUAACCUGUUGUUUCCUGGCAGGCCUCAUGUUCCCUAGGGAAGGCAAAACAUGUCGGACAUUGCUACAUAAACUCACUUACGCUGUAAAUACAUUCGUUCUUCCCGUAUACUUUGGCUACACCGGAUUCCAGUUUAAUAUAAGUAAGAUCUUUAAUAAACUAACUCUUAUUCUCACUGUCCUAAUCAUCCUGCUCAGUGCUGGCACUAAAAUUGUGGCCACCCUUGCCGCUUGUUAUUACCUCAAGAUCCCAAGGAAUGAGUCUCUAAUCCUUUCUUUCUUACUCAACAUGAAAGGCAACUACGACCUUAUAAUCAUUAAUUCUCCUCCAGUACCCAAAAUGCUGUGGGAAAAUGAUAUUCAUGAUUUGUUUUUGAGUGUAGUAGUUCUCAAGACAUUGAUCCUAGCACCAGUGGUUGCCAUUUGGUUGAACAGAGGAGAGUUUUGUGGUCAUUACCCUACAACACUGGAAAUACUUAAUCCAGAGAGUGAGCUUCGAAUGAUGGCUUGUGCAUACAUCCCACGCCAUGUUUCAGGCUAUCUUAGCCUGAUCUCAGCAUUGAGUGGUUGUCCUAAUGCAACUCUCAAUCCUUACGUGGCACAUCUAGUGGAGCUUCGCAAGAAAAAGAAAAGCAAAUUGAUGUACCAUCAACUGGAAGAUGGUGAUCAGUACAGCGACGAGGAAGAGUAUGGUGGAAAUGAUGUGGUACAGAUCACUAACGCUCUCGACUCCUUCAUUUCAGAGACCAAAAUUCCGGUCCAUGAAGCUAAGAUUGUAUCAUCCUUUUUAACCAUAAACCAAGAUGUGUGCAAUGGUGCUGUGGACUUGCGUGUGUCUAUUAUAUUCCUUCCUUUUCACAAGCACCAAAGAGUUGACGGGAAAAUGGAAAAUAGCAUGGAGGGCAUACGGACUAUAAACCAAAAAGUUAUUCGGCAUGCCCCGUGUUCGGUCGGUAUAUUUUUGGAUCGUGGACAAACUGGGUUCCAGCAACCACAUGGCUCUCUCUCUGUGCAAAAUAUAGCAACCUUCUUCUUUGGCGGCCCUGAUGAUCGUGAGGCUUUAGCAUGUAGCAAGAGAAUUUUGAUGCAUAGUCAAGUUAGUUUGACGGUCUUCCGCUUCAUACAAGCCAAUUCAAGUAUACAGAAUUCGUGGAUUAGCGAUGCAUCCCACAAGGAUGAGGAGGUGGUCAUGGCAAUAUCGAGUAUUGGGACAGAGAACGAGAUGGACAAUGUCUUUGUAGAUUCCUUUUAUAACAGGUAUGUGGCACAGGGUAAAGCCAGUUUGAUUGAGAAGUACGUGAGUGAUGGGGCAGAGACAUUAGUGGCUCUGAGAGAGAUAUUGGACAACAUGUAUUCAUUGGUGAUAGUAGGGAAGGGAGGGAGAGAGAAUAGCUCCUUGACAAUUGGUAUGAGUGAUUGGGAGGAGUGUCCAGAGCUUGGGUUGGUUGGGGAUCUCCUGGCAUCUUCAGAAAUGAACUUCAGUGGCUCCCUCUUGGUCAUCCAACAACACCGGCACUCCGAGGAGGAUGAGGCCUUCAUCACUCCAUAGACAAUAGUUACU